AUGUUCUCUAGAGCCGUCUCGGGCGGAUUUGUCUGCCUGCGAUGCCAGUUGCAACGGUCUAGACCUGUCCAUGCAACGCGGAUCCUGCCUCUUGCUUCGCAUUCACAACUCAGGCGCAAUGGGACCGAGUCGGACUCAGGGGAUGGAGGCGCCGAUCAGGAUGCCGAAAGGGCCAUUCCGAUCGAAAAGGAGCCCGUCGGUCGUGUGAGCCGAAAGGACGCACCCACGAACAGAAGCAAGGACCGCGUGCUCUACCGGUCCAAGGGCCGUCGGGUGACGAUGAAAGGCGAGACACUUGGGAUCGACAUAUUAGGGAAACCGGCCGAGGCUAUUGUCAUGAAAGAGCAUAGCAAGAUCAGGCGUCGAGACUCGCCGUUGGGCCUCGACAAUUAUUCCAGUCUCGACAAUGCCAUCCGCCAAAUCGAUGCGGAAAACCUAUUCAGCGAGGAAGGCGUCCUCGUUACCCCUGAACGAGUCCAAGAGCACAUUGAAGAGCUGAGGCCGGUCGAAGACACUAUACUUUCAAAGGCCGAGUUUGAUCGUAUUCGUGACGUUCUGAUUCAGGGCUUCACGACGGCGCAAUUGCAGCAAUACAUCCGAGAAAACGGGGGUCAAGCCGUACCUGGAGCAGCAGAGAGCACCGUGCCGAAUGCGCCAUGGAUCGUGCACUAUACACCUUGGACCCCAGAAGCCGACGCACGUAUGCCGGCCAAUCUCCGAGGAUAUAUCAGUUCUUCCCUGAGUCCCAAGCAGAAGGUGGCCACACGGCUAAUGCGACUGUCUUGGGAUCUGUCGAUACUGGAGCUGACAAGUGCCAUGGGCCAUGUCGACGUCCAGCUCAGAGAGCCGGAGUUCUCCCUACUCGUUCUUGGGGGGCAGUCUUGGCUGGCGGACAUCUCCCGUCACUACUUGCGAGAGGGCAUGCACAUCGAGCUGUUCCGGACGCAGAAAACAAUGCGCGUCAUUGCUCCCCGCGCGGUCGCUGAUACCGUAUUUCAAGAGGUCGAUACUCGACUGCACAACGCCGUGACCGAGAAAAUUAAGGUCACCGACAUUACAAACAGCAUCCCCUCCCAGUUGUUGCAAGAAGUCGGCCGGAUCACCAACUCAAUUGUGUCCCUGAGCUCAUCGGGGAAGGAAGUAGAGGUCACCUUCCUUCAGAAUGAGGUCCAGGACGCCUACGCGCAAAGCCCCAAGGACGUGGUAUUCAGGCUCCUCUUGACGGCAUGCAGCCCUAGUAGCAGCCAGUCACAGCUGCAUCAGCUCGACUCCGACGAUACGGAGAGCGCGAGGUUCAUUGAGGACUAUGGCAACAGCGGCAAGUGGGCAUGGAGGCAUCGAUUAUCGAAAUGGGCCAGGUGGACCUCAGCUACGACCAUGACUUGGACGGAUCAUAACAAAUCCCAUGUCAUACCUCCAGCGGCAUUGAAAUGGAAUAUCCAGCCGAGCCCGAAAGGUGAUGACCUUGCAACGCAAGACGGCUGGCCUGGCCAACUGACUACCGCGACAAGUGCGACCUUCGGCCACGUCCUCCACAAGUUGCCUCCAAACGGUACUCGUCUCGAAUUAGCCAACGGCAAAAACAAGCGGAUCAUGUCUCCCAUCAUCCCACCUCUGACCACCAUCUCCCUCCCCUCUGAGCCUGUCCCAGGGUCCAAGAACGUCACCAUCGUCAUGCACUUCGUCCCUCGGCCCUCCUCCACCCGCUCCGCGGCCGCAGCGCCACAUCUCGAGCUCCGCCUCGACGCCGCAGACGCCAGAAUCCUCACUACAUCAUCCCUCCGCGCCAUCACAGCAAAGCACGUCUCCGAUGUCGUCCUACCGCACAACCGUGUUGAUAUCCGCCUCAAUCAGACGCGGUACGCCGAGCUGAUCGGCAGCGACGCCGUAGUCGCCGCUGUCCCAACCAUCCACAGUUACAUAAGCCACAGCCGCCUCGAAUUGGGUAUGGGCAGCCUCGAGACGCCGGCACUGUUGGGCGCUGUCAAGAUCCCUCGCCGGCUACUCGGGGAGACUGGACGGGGCCGCAAGUCAGGGCCGCCGCGUAAUGGUCAUGUAGAGCUGGACUACAUGUUUGCAGGACUAGAAUUCCACCGCUCCGUGGCUGCCUCCUUCGAGAGAUGGGUAUUGUGCUAUACCAGUAUCGAGGCAGGACAGGGUGGAGGCAGACGAGCUGAGCUGAGCCUCCAGGCGGUUCAGGCUGGGGAGGACUCUUCGGCGUCUGCCGACGAGGCCAACAGUGCAGCGUUUCUGAGAGCUGCGCUCAAGGCAAGCGGAUGCAAAGAGUUGACUUGGGUUGGGGAGAACUGGAAGGACAAAUAG